UAUUUACCAGGUCAUAUAAAAUAAUACAGACCAAGAAAUAUCAUAAAUAAGGAAAAUAGGAGGCCUUAAAGAUUUAUAACCCCUUAUCGUAUUCACUCUCCUUAGAUUACUUAUAGAACCUCCUCUUCUAUAUCUAAAUGCUCUAAUUACCAUUACGGCAAAACACAAAUCCCUAAUUUAUCAUAAAAUUAUAACUAUCGACGUUUUAGAUCCUCUGUCAACUAGAAACAUGAUAAAGAUCAAAGGAACCGAGUUAUACUGAGGUCAUUCAGACUCUUUGUUUAGACAUGACACAAUUGCAUUGUAUCUAUUUAAUCUUCAAGAGCAUCAAUAGGGUCAUUGUCGUUAUUGUCGCCUGUCUUACAUAGAGAGUAUUUAUGUCAGACACGUUCCCGUAGAAGUUCGAUUUAUGAUUUUGCUACUUUAUAAUAGUACAAGUAAGCGAAAUUACGAAGACUGCUCUAUAACCGAAUUAAGUAAACGAACCCAUACGAGCCUCGUAUAGGUACGUACGUACGAGACGAGGUAAGUCAGUAAUUCUAAAGUAGACAAGGUAAACUACAUUGUUACAAUGAAUAACAAUACCCAUGACUGGGACCGCCUGCUCCUCGACGCGGACUGGGUAAAUUUGGACUGGCGGCAACAAACGCACAACUUCCGACUUGUGCCCUGGGCAGAGAUACGGAAUGGCACCCUCAGACAGUUGGCCAGGCUACACGCGGAGUACGACCAGAACCAUAUACCAUCGAACUCCUGGCCUGUACGUAGUCCCGCGGCCGAAGAAUUGCUCCGUAGAAGAGACCUGGAGGAGAGAAACCUCGGAACAGAGGCCCAAUCCGUGCACGAUUGGCUCCCCAAUGAGGUCAAGAUGUUUUCAUCGCCCGUAAAGGCGGCCCCGGACCUCCCUAGUGUUCCCGAGCUCCCCGAAAUAUCUCCACAGCCGGCUCCUAACACCUCGACCGGGGGCAAUACGAUCAAGUGGGACAGGGCCUCCACGCCAAUUAAUCAACCAGGUAAGAAAAAGAAGAUCCCGGGCCUGAUCUACAAGGACGACUCGCCCGGGCACUGGACGGUAGGUUUUGAGCUGGAGCUACCCGUCGCCGUUUAUAGGAGAGGGGGGCUAAUGGCCGAGCGACCUCACCCCCGCGACCCCCGGUGGGAAGCCGAGGAGAUCGUAACCGACAACGUCCCAAAGGAAAGGGUCCACAAAAUCACGGUGGACCGUUUUAUCGAGGUGCUCAACUCGCAAACCGACAUGGUCUUCAUCCAUCGGGACGAGGACGAGGACUCGGCCCUUCACGACCUGAGGAUGGAGAAUAUGCACAGGCUUGAACACGGAUUCCCCCUAUUGGCAGACGUGAUCAUGCGCGACAGUCCGGUGCGAUCCUCGAGUGGAGCGUCCCCCAUAAGCAAGCUAGCUGAGAACGCGGCAGUGCAGGCCCGAGAUUUUCUUAAGUUGAGCUAUUUUAACAACUCGGAACCCGCCAGAAACUUUAUGUUAGCAAGUCGGGAGGAGCUCCGGGAUGCCGCACAGCGGGCCAUCAUGCACGGCAUACCUACCGCCUCGGAGAGGCGGGAGGCCGAAAAACGCCUUGAGGAAUUACUUUACCUGGAAUCAUACCUGCAAAAGCGAGAUAAGAACCAUGUCCCCUUAGAUGGCAUGCGGCCGCGGUAUCGAGCCUUCUCCGUCUACGCAAUCGACGAGGUAAACAUGGAUUGUACGGAAGGCAGACAUUAUAGAAACUGGCCACAAACGGAGGCAACUCCCAAGGAUCUAUAUGGGUGGGUAACGAUCAAGAUCUCGUCGCCGGUACUGCGCUUCGAAUGGCCGCCGUUGAAACUCGAUGGCAUGAUCCGCGAUAUCUGUAGAGUCGUACGUGACAACUUCCGCGUACACCGAGACACGCCCUGGAUCCCCGCGACGACGCAGAUUUCCAUCUCGCACACCAACGGUCUUACACUCCUAGAAAUCCAGAAGCUAACCUCGUUCCUUGCCAUCGAGGCCGUCUCCAACGACCUGCGGCGUUUGAACCGAUGGUAUCGAACCCGAACGUCGCACGACAAGGUGUGCGGGCCCAUCCGCGAAGUCUCCCAGCUAGGUAAGAUGGCGCAGACAAACCAGUACGUGGAAAACUUCGACAACACUGCGAUCGUGCCAAAACACGGGCCUCUACUCACAGAGCGGCAGAACCAGACAGCGGCGGCGCAUCUGCCCGUCAACUUAAUCACGCAAAGGGAGAACCUAGCGGGUCGCAUUUUCCUAGGCUUGAUAUGGCAAUAUACGGACGUAGACUCUAUCGUGGCUGCCGUGGGCACGGGGUACCGGUCGCGGAAGACCGAGGUAAUGAUCAAAUGCCGGGGCGUAGGUACUGCCGCGGGGAGGGCGAGCCCGGGCCCUGAAAAUGAAUUGGAGCAGGAAAAUCUAGACUACGACGGCAAGUUCUUCGAAGUAGAUAAGCAAAGAGGAGUUUUCGAAUUCCGACAAAUGGGGGGAUCGCUUGACCCAUCGAACAUCAUGGCGUGGAUGAUCGUGUGCUGCGGGAUCGGCGACUUCAUGAGAACCUCAACACCAGUGCAGUAUCAGUCUACCUUAGAACGGAUCAUAAGGGACAGGGUACCAGUCAUGGAAGCUAUAAAUAUUCCCAUCGAGGCUCGGCAAUUUUUCCAGAACCAUAUGGGCCGUAGUGGGCAUCUGGAGACAGAGUUUGACGACGACAAUAGUACCAUUGACUGGAGAGACCCUUUCUACCCGACAUACCCAAAGUAACCUCCGUGGAGGUAGUAGAGACGUAAUAGGUAAUGUAAAAUCCCUUCUUCGGUAUAGACUAUGGCCGGGUAUUGUAUAACAGAGUGAACAUAGAGUUGUAUGAUUCCCCUAGGUUAACUAGUUAAUGUAACAUAUGAUAGAUGUUUUAUGUCCUGGAAUUAGCAAUUAUUAGAAGUGACACAUGAAAGUAAAAUACGACUUCCCUUUUA